AUGCCGAAGAGAACGACGCAUACUUACUCUAGCGAGGACGCGGCGCCGGAAGGACCAGACUCCGAUCUCUUCGUUUACUACUGCAAACACUGUGGCUCUCAUGUCCUCAUCACUGAUACUCAAUUGCAGAAGAUGCCAAAGAGGAAGACAGACAGAUCCAGUGUGCUGGACAAGAAGAAGCACCUUGCUAGGUUGAAUGUCAGCGAGGGAGGGAAAGUUUUAUUAAAACGCGGCGAAGGGAAAAUGGAGAGACAGUUUAGAAUGAACUGUAUUGGUUGUGAGCUUUUCGUUUGUUACCGCGCUGAAGAGAGUCUUGAUACAGCUUCCUUCGUUUAUAUUGUUGAUGGAGCACUUAGUGCUGUUGCUGCAGAAACUAACCCACAGGAUGCACCAGUACCUCCCUGCAUUUCACAGAUCUCCGGUGGACUUGUUCAGGUUGCAAUAGAAGUGGAAGACCGUGCUCAACGUUCAGCCAUCACAAGAGUAAACGCUGAUGAUGUUCGUGUUACUAUUGCCGCACCUGCAGCUCGUGGGGAAGCUAACAACGAGCUUUUGGAGUUCAUGGGAAGGGUGCUUGGUUUAAGGUUAAGCCAGAUGACUCUCCAAAGAGGCUGGAAUAGCAAAUCAAAACUCCUCGUGGUCGAGGAUUUAUCUUCUAGACAAGUGUAUGAGAAGCUUCUUGAGGCGGUUGCACCCUAAAUUAUGCGGUUAGUGAAAGACAUUAACCGAGAGCUCUGCAACCCUUUUCUUUAACACACUCUGUAACGGGUUUGUCUCAGCGAUGAAAAGGGUUAACAUUUUACUUGAGAAGAAAGACAAGAUUUUACUUUCUCAUCACUGUUUUCAUCUUUCAAACCAUUAGUCAUCAUAACCUUUUGAUACUUUGAGAAAUGUUUAUCUUUUGAACUAGAAAUUGAGAAAAGAAAAUUCACUUUUACAAUUUGUCACGUUUAAUAUGGCUAGUCAAAUACUUGUGUAACCUUGCUUAUUAAAUAUGACCUACACUGAUCUCUAGGUACCUCACUUUUUAAUCAAAAUCGUUUGUUACUUUUGUUUUGGUCUUUUAAGCAAACCAGUCCAGAUCGUUUUGGCA